UUCGCACAAAAGCAUUCUUUUCAUGCUCGGUUGCAUAUAAUAUAAAAUCCCGUAUUUUUUGUGUCAAUAACCCUGGGUUGAUGGAAUAAGUACAUGUAUUGCAAAAGUCUCUAUAAAAAAGGCCUAUAUAUUUCCAUCGAGUGAAGUUCGUUGAUUCAGAGUCACGGAAAAAAUGGCAGAGGAUUUCGCAAAUGGCCGGAGGAACACGAAGGGGAAAAUUACCGCUCCUCUUGAACGACUGCCGUCAUCAGAAUCAGUGAGUAAAGAUGAGCAAGUCGCAGGAACUGUCCACUUGAAAAGGGAGAUGGGCUUGAUCCGAGCGGUAGCAAUCAUCGGCAGUGGAAUGAUUGGUUCAGGGAUCUUCAUCUCACCACAGGGGAUCUUACGAGGAGCCAACAGCGUAGGAAUGAGUCUUAUCAUCUGGAUUGUAUGUGCUGUUGUGUCUUUUCUGGGUGCCUUGUGCUACGUUGAGCUGGGAACAGUCCUCCCUCGAGCUGGCGGUAGUUAUCAGUACAUCUUGCACGCCUACGGUGACCUAGCUGGAUUUGUGGUGUCUUGGGCUAACGUAGUUAUCCUGAAGCCAGCUAGCGCUGCCCUGGUUUCUAUCACUCUUGGUACCUAUAUAUCCGAUUACGUCAUCCCUGGUGACUGCGCACCUCCAAACGAAGCUAUCCAGCUCUUCGCUAUCCUCUCAGUCAUGAUCAUGAUGUUCGUCAACUGUGUCAGCGUUCGUUAUUCCAGUGGAGUAGUCGUCAUUUUGACUAUUUCCAAAGUCGCAGCUUUGCUGAUAAUUAUUGCUGCAGGCAUUGUGCAACUAUUUAAAGGGCGGACAGAGUAUCUGAACCCAGAAGUAUCAUUCCAAGGAUCUACCACUCAGAUCCUAGGUUACGGUACGGCACUGUACUACGGUUUCUGGCCAUACACUGGUUGGGACAAUCUCAACAAUGUGUCAGAGGAGUUAAAGAAUCCAGCAAGAAAUCUGCCGUUGUCGAUCGCCAUUGCAAUGCCGACUGUGACCGCCAUUUACCUGCUGACUAAUAUCGCAUAUUUCACCGUACUCUCACCAGAUGAGCUGCUUGCUUCCAGUGCAGUCGCAGUGACGUUUGCGGAGCGAACUCUAGGAAUCAUGGCUUGGCUGGUCCCGUUGGGAGUGUGUAUCUCCACUGCGGGCACCCUCAUGGGAGGUUUCUUGUCCGGACCAAGGAUUGCAUUUGCUGCAGGACGAGAAGGCCAUAUGUUAUCGAUCCUAUCUAUGGUCAGUGUCAAGUAUCAUACCCCACUGCCUGCUAUUCUUUUACAGGGACUCAUUGCGGUCGUACUGAUCAUGAUGGGUGACUUCAAUUCGAUCGUCGUGUACAGUGGUAUCGUUCAGUGGAUUCUCUAUCUGGCUGCUUUUGCGGCGGUAUUUGUGCUGCGACGCAAGUAUCCAGAUACACCCAGACCUUUUAAGGUCAACAGUCUGAUUCCCAUCCUUGCAAUCAUUGCCUCUAUCUUUAUGGUUCUGGCACCAGUCAUCUCCGAUCCCAAGCUAGAGUACCUAUACGCAUUCGUGUUACUUGCACUUGGCCUCCUGGUCUACCUCGUGUGCGUACGAGGAAAACGACAGCUCCCUUUUAUGGGUACGUGCUAG